CCACUGCCAGCAACAACUCAGUAAAGCAACAAUGAAACUCAAUACUCAAUCAGUUCUAGUGCUCUUCUGCCUUUUGCUGGCCAAUGCUCUAGCUGAACCCAAUCGCGAAAAACGAUCACCCGAUGGACACGGACACGGACAUCAUCAUGACCACAGUCACGAUCAUGAACACGAGCACGGACACGGUGGCGUCCCGAUUCACACUCCCGAUGUGAGCCCACAGUAUUACGCCCAACAGUAUGCUUCGCCUCCUUCUUACGAUGCUCAACCUUCCGAGUACCAGGAGCAGCAACCGUAUGAAGAGCAUCAAGCAGCUUCUUCUUUCGAUGCCCCAAAAGGACCCCAAGAAUACGAUACUCCUUACUACAGCAGUCCUUCUGCUCCUGAAUACAGUCCACCAGCUCCUGAAUACUCUCCUCCAGCACCGGAAUACAGCCCCCCUGCUCCUGAAUACUCACCUCCGGCACCGGAAUACAACUCUCCAGCCCCAGCAUACAGUCCACCGGCUCCUGCUUAUUCUCCACCAGCUCCUGCUUACUCUCCACCAGCUCCUUACUCCCCACCAGCUCCUUCUUACUCACCAUCUGCUCCUCAAUCCUACCAAACUCCAGCAGCUCCUUCUUACAAUCCCCCAGCUGCUUCUUACAGCGCUCCUACUGCUCAGUACAGCCCGUCUUACGAAGCCCCACAAGAAACUUACGAAGUCCCUCAGUAUUCUUACGGUGCUCCCAAAGGCAAGAAGCCCAAGGGAAGUUAUGGUGCCCCCAAAGCUACUAAAGCUCCUAAAGCCAAGAAACCAAAGGGCAGUUAUGGCGCUCCUAAGGCCACCAAGAAGCCCAAGUCCAGCUACGGACCUCCCAAACACUCGUACAGUGCUCCAUUGCAGUCGUAUUCAGCUCCUGCUCCCUCUUACCAGGCCCCAACUCCUUCCUACCAAGCCCCAUCUUACCAGGCCCCAGCUCCAUCUUAUCAAGCACCGGCUUAUUCAGCUCCAGCCUAUUCAGCUCCAGCUUACUCAGCUCCAGCUUACUCAGCUCCAGCCCCAGCGUACUCUGCUCCGGCUCCAGCUUACUCUGCUCGUCAACAGUCCUACCAACCCCAACAACAAGGCUAUGGUAAGUAAACGUUAAACGUGAGUUCACUGGCUGAUCCACACGAAUUGUCGUUGAAAAUUGAAAUGUCUAAGAUCCUGUUAAAUUUUCCUUAUUGCUUUAUGAUAGUCAAUCUUUAUUUUUUCAAGCCGGUUACUUGAAUGUUAACAUUUACAAUGCAGAUGCCACAGUUUGAAUUGUGUCCUAUACUCAUUGUAUAAUAGUUGCAAUCAGAAAUAUAAACAAAACUGGUUUUGUUGCUGAAA